AUUUUACGUAUUAAUAUAAUAAUUAACAGCCAUAGAGAUGGCAGAAAAGAAGAAAAAAGAAAUUAUCAGUUCACCCAUUGCAAAGAGACCCGUUAUUCUCAAAUCGGAUCGCGAAACAACAAAAGAACAAAAAGAGAAAAUAGACAAAGAAAAACAACCUACAAUAAUACUAAAAACUCGUGAGCAAAGUGCCCCAAAAGAAGAAAGACCGGUUAGUCCUAAGUCACAAACGAUCGACGAAGGCCCUCAACCAAGUAAAAUAGCACAAAAUGAAUCAAAGGAGAAAAAAGAUCAUAAACCAAGCCCUCCUUUAAAAGUUAUGACAGAACCAAUCAAAUUACUUGAUGAAAAUUUGGAAUUCAAUCCUGCAGCACUUGAGUUUUUGAAUGAUAAUAAUACCAAUUAUUUGGUUAUUGGUGUUAUAGGUACUCAAGGAGUGGGUAAAUCUCUAAUAAUGAAUCUUAUCAACAAGAACAAACCAAUAGAUGACCUAUGCCAUGAAAUUUUACAUUCACAUGAAGUACCAGAAGAAAAUCAGGGUUUCGAUAUGAAUGUCAACAGUGUAGAAAAUCAAAUGGAGAACCUGAAUUUUGUUGAUACUGAUAAAAAGGAAAAUAUUAACAGUACUAGUCCAUUUAUAUUUAAGAUGCAAAACAUCGAACAAAUAGAAAGAGGCAGUCAAUGUACUAGGGGUGUGGACAUGUACAUAACAAGUGAUCGUGUUAUCCUUCUGGAUUGCCAGCCUCUGUGGUCGCCAUGUUUGAUAGACACAAAUAUCAGCACAAUAACAUCCAGAAGUGCUAAUAUAGUCACAGUUGAUUGUCUUCAAAUAGCAUCAUAUUUAAUGGCAAUUUGCCAUGUUUUAAUUGCAGUACAGGAUUGGUUCACUGAUUAUAAUUUUAUAAGAUACAUACAAACAGCAGAGAUGUUAAAGCCCUCACUAUCUGCAACUACAAAUGUCACUCAAGAUAGUUCUGAAUCAACAUUGGCUGGAGAAUGCAAUCCUCAUUUAUUAUUAGUUCACAAUAGAUGUCAACUAGAAGACUUCACUCCAAGCAGUGUUAAAGCAAUGCAAGAUCUCUAUAGGAAAGCAUUCCAAAGAUCAAAUCUGCAACUCAACUCUGGCAUGUACUUAUACAGUGAUGCAAACAGAAAUGGUCUCAAUGUUAACAGUGUGAGCCAGUCAUACAGCGUGGAGAGUUGUGGUCAACCAAUCAAUUUGUUCCUUUUGCCAGAGGUUUAUAGUGACUAUGGUAAUAAAGAAAUAUACCGCGGCCACCCAUCUUUCGAAGAAUUAGCCCAUAGAUUACGUUGGAUGCUAUUAGGCGUUAAUAGACACCAUAUCACCAACGUCCCGAACCUAUCGGAAAGAGGCUGGUUCCAUUUCUGCAACCGAGCUUGGGAAACAAUAAAGAAAUGCACGUUUUUCUUAGAAUAUGAACGCUUUUUACCUUAAUCGGUAAUAUUGUUAUCGAACGGGAAAGUGAGAUAAGUGCGCAGGUGUUUGUAAAUGAAACGAUAAUAAUUCAUGUAAUAAAAGAAAUUCUAUUUAU